AGCACACAGUCCAUUCUACAGCACUGAGAGAAGAUGUUGCACAUUCUCAUCCUUGGAUGUUUGCAGUUUUCAGCCUCAGCCUCCCUAAUUCAUGGAUAUGGAAAUACAAUAGCAGAUUAUGGUGGGGAGGCACAUUACAGCUGCUCAGUGGCCCACCCAACAGCUGGUGUGCUGCAGGUCACGUGGCAGAGGCUUUUUAAAGAUGGGCCGAUAGAGAACCUGGCAACCUUCAGCAAGCGGUUUGGUCAGCAAGUCAACGCGCCUUACCUUGGAAAGGUCACAUUAACAGAAGCGUCCCUGAACUCGACCUCCAUCAGUCUGAGCAACGUCUCGUGGCAGGACGAGAGCUGCUACAUCUGCUCUUUUAACGCGUAUCCCGAUGGCUCCAAACAACAGCAGACUUGUCUCAGCGUGCAAGGAAUAUCCUCGGUGGAGACGGCGUAUGUUCCCAGAGCUUCACGUGGGGGAGACGGCAUGGAGGUGGAGUUCAGCUGCUCUGCCACAGGGAAACCAGCUCCGACCAUUGACUGGGACGUUUCACCCGGUGCUGCCCGUCUGCACCAAUCACAAACUACGACAGAAACUAACGGUGACCACACGUUCACCAGCAGUGACAACAUCACGCUGCAAGUACCUGAAGGCUGGAGUGGACACGUGGACUGUCUGCUGAACAAGAGAGCGAGAGGACAGAGGCGGGAGAGGAUCCCCUUCUCUGUAGGUCAUCAGCAUCCGAAGAAGGAGGAUGAGAACAGACAGCCUCACCUGUUGCUCUCAGUUAUAAUCCCUAUUCUUUGUAUUAUCACCUCCAUCGCUGCUGUUGUUGUUGUCGUCACAAAGAGAAAACGCUUGAUGCAAAGAAUAAACCAUCAUUUAAAGAGAAAGGAGCAAGACAAAGAUGUGGACAUUGAGACAUCCUUGCAUUUAACUCAUAGAGAAGUCAAAGCAGCAAACCAAGAAUUGACUACCUGUUGAAUUUUCAAUUCUUUUUCACCUCAGAUCUCAGCACUUUAUUCCUGACGCAUGAGGCAGAAAGCGUGUCUAGGAUGUGUAGAAUGUAAAAAUAUAAGAGAAAGGACUGAUGUUAGGAGGAGGAGCCUGAGCAUGGGAAUCCUGAGACAAAAGCUAGAUUGCUCUUCAACUUCACUCUCAUUGAUGUGUAUGCACAAUUAACACUUUGCUUAUGACUUUGAUCCAUCAGAAGUUUGAAAUGUUUGUUCAGGAUCAUCUGGCUUUUUGCCUUCAUCCUGGCGCCCCCCAAAGUCCAUGGUAACACUCCUGAGAAGAGUUAAAGCCUCAAUUAAAAAUACUUUGUAUUUAACUUCAAUGCAAUAAAUAUUUACUUAAUGCUAAUCUAACCUCACCGACCUAUUGAUAGUGACUUAUGUCCUGAUUCAAUCUACAUCUGUAUGAAUAUUGAGGGUUUGAAUCAGACAU